AUGGCACGCCACAUCAUCACCCCUUCCAUGCUCCUCUCCUUAAUCUUCCUUCUCAUUUAUGUGACCACAUCAUCGUCGGCCGAUGAACGUCGGCCCUACAUCAUCCACAUGGACAAAUCAGCCAUUCCAGCUCCCUUCGCCACCCAUGAUAGUUGGUACACGUCUACAAUCUCGUCCCUCUCGGCGCCCGAUGGCAUUGCUGCUGUACACUUGUACACGUACAACCACGUGAUGAACGGCUUCAGUGCCGUGAUGUCGCAGGCCCAGCUCAAUCAGCUGGAGAGAAUGCCAGGUCACCUUGCCACGUACCCAGAGACAUAUGCCCAGCUCAUGACCGACGCUGAAGGGGCGAUCUUUGCCACCGAUUUGUCCCUGUUCAUGUAUCCGAUUGAGUUCUUCAUGUCGUUCGUUAUGAUCAGCUUCAAGGAUGGAGAGAUCAUGAAGAGGUAUAUCACGAAGGCAGCCCAGCCACCAACAAUGGAUAUCAAGUUCCAGAUUACACCACGUGGGCUCCUAACCGUUGAUGUUCAACCAAUCCGCAAUGAUUACUUGGUCUCAGAAUAUGUGCUGGCUUCUGGGACAUCCAUAUCAUCGCCCCUGGUUGUUGGUGUGGCUGCAUUGCUACGUGCGGCUCACCCCAAUUGGAGCCCAGCUGCCAUCCGGUCCGCACUCAUGACCACUGCAUACGUAACCGAUAACAUCCACGGCCCGAUCCUAGAUCUGACCACCGGAACAGCCGCCACGCCUCUGGAUUAUGGCGCAGGACACAUCGAUCCGAACAAAGCAAUGGACCCCGGUCUAGUGUAUGAUCUCGACCGUCAAGAUUAUAUUAAUUUCCUCUGCGGGCUAAACUACACGACCCACCGAAUCAAGAUCAUCACCCGUGGAUUGAAUUACACUUGCACUAAGGCCACCCUCGAUCUCAAUUACCCAUCAUUCAUGGUGAUCCUGAACAACACCAACUCAUCCAGUGUGGUGUUCACACGGGUCCUGACCAACGUCGCAGAUUCUCCGUCCAUCUAUCGUGCGGUCGUGAAAGCGCCAACCGGGAUGAGAGUUGUGGUGGACCCACCGGAAUUGAAAUUCGACAGUAAAUACAGCAAGCAAGGAUUUACUAUGAGUGUCCAGAUCGACAUGGCAGAAGUUGUAAUAAAGAGUGAUUAUAUAGGUAAUUAUGGGUAUCUUAAUUGGUAUGAAGAUGGGGGAAAUCAUGUGGUGAGAACACCCAUUGCUUCAGCCUUUGGGCCAUAA